AUCCGAAUCGACCGAAUCCACUUGAAUCAACCAACAUGGCGUUGGGGAACGUUAGCCCGUUCGUUUAUUGGGCUCAAAAUGACAAGAAAAUAUUUCUUCGAGUUGAUUUGAACAACGUAAAGGCACCAGAUAUCGAGUUGACGGGUGAUAGCCUGGGUUUCUCGGCUUAUGGUGUUGGUGCGAGAGGGGAAGAAAAGUACAGCUUUUCUCUCAACUUUUAUGCUCCACUGGAUCCUGAUGGUUGCGAGUACCGCGUGAGCGACCGCCACAUUGAAAUCCAGCUUUCCAAGCAGUCUGUUCAGUGGUGGCCAAGAAUUCUACGGGAAGAACACAAGCCAGCCUGGCUCAAACUGGACUUUGACAAGUUGCAGACGGAGGACGAAGAUUCUGAUGGAGAUCGCCGUAGACGUUUGGAUCAAAUUUAUCCAGACGAUUCUGUGGACAACAUAGUGAACCAGAUGGACACACGGAGCAAUCGUCGCCACCGAAGGAGAGCACAGGAAAUGCGUAGAGUCUACCUCUUUCUCUACAACUUGUUUCAGUUUGUUGGUUUCCUCUACAUCGCCAUUGUCUUGUUGAUACGCUAUGCCAAAGAUGGAGAACGCUCUAUGGAAGGCACUUGGGAUGCUGCGGGCAAAGCAAUGCAAGUUGUCAUUCUGCUACAAGGGCUAGAAGUAGUGCAUCCACUACUUGGAUACACAGUUGGGAGUUUUCUGCACCCACUAGUCUUGGUUGGUGGAAGAAUAUUGAUCAUAUUUGCUAUGAUCAAGGCAGAGCCACGAAUGCAGACAAAACCUGUCGUCUUCUACCUGUUUGCCAUAUACACUCUAGUAGAACUCUUCAGGUAUCCAUACUACAUGCUGCGCACAUACAACAAGAGCAUUGGUUUCAUGACAUGGCUUCGUUACACUGUAUGGAUCCCCCUGCUUCCCUUAGGCUUCCUAUGUGAAGGUGUGAUAAUCCUCCGCAACAUUCCCUACUUUGAGGAGACCCACAAGUUGAGCAUCUCUCUCCCCAAUGCUUUCAAUUUUUCCUUCCACCUGCCAACGUUCCUGAGACUCUACUUGCUCAUUGGAAUCUUCCCAGUGCUGGCAUUCAUGAUGUCCCACAUGUAUCGACAGCGAAAGAAGGUCAUUGGACCUGCAAAGAAAGAAGACUGAAGGGGCCCUCUGAGAUUGCUGUUUUUAUGUUCAAAGUAUUUUGUGGUUUAUUUAUAGACAAAGUUUUGUUUCAUUAAAUGCAUAAGUCGA